UUAAACGUCACUUUCAGAAGUUGCCACGAAUACACAGCGGCAUGAUGUGGAGGUUAGUAGGUUGCACACUGUUCCUCUUUGUGUCCUCACAGCUCAGUUUAUGGAGCGUUUGGGCGAACCCAGCUGAGCGGGACGGAGAGGUCCAGAUAGAGGUGGUGUUCAAGCCCGAGCAGUGCUCUCCAAAGAGUAAGAGAGGAGAUCUGAUGAACGUCCACUACGAUGGCUUCCUCCUCAAAGAUGGUUCUCAGUUCUACUGCAGUCGAUCAGACAAAGCUGGGCACCCUCAGUGGUUUGUGCUGGGCGUCGGACAAGUCAUUAAGGGCCUUGAUAUAGGGAUGGAAGAUAUGUGUCCUGGAGAGAAACGGAAAAUAACUGUUCCACCUGGCCUGGCCUUUGGAGAAAAAGGCAAAGAUCCAGUGCCGCCCAAUGCCACGGUGGUCUUUGAGGUGGAGGUCUACUCUGUGUCCAGGGGACCACGCAGCAUGGAGGCUUUCGGACACAUGGACAUUGAUAAAGACCGAAGUCUCACAAAGGCUGAGGUGAAGGAAUACUUGAAAAUGGAGUAUGAAAAAGGGGGGAAGCCACGUGAUGACCCUUUCUACGAGAAGAUCAUGGCCGAUAUAUUCCGCAAGAGUGACCAAGACCGCGACGGAGUGAUCAGUGCCAAGGAGUAUAAUAUAUACGAGCAUGAUGAGCUCUAGUGUUGGAAGUAGUGGAUCUUGGUAAUUGUUUUAGUUUAUCUGCUUUGAUCAAUUAGAGAGAAAACAUAAAAAGGUAAAGGAAAAAAACAAUGCAGAUGUUCUUUUUGCUAUGAAAAUAUUGUAGCAGUGAAUAUUACAAUGAGACACCACGUUGUCCAUGAAUGAUAUGAAAACAUCAAACACCCAAAUAGGAUCUAAAAUGCUGGGGAAUCAGCCUCAACUAUUGUUUAAAAAAAUAAGUGUUUCAGUGUGUUUCCUUUUAAAAGUCAGACUGCAAGUAACUGUGUUGAGGUAUUUGGAGUCCCUAAGACAUCUUUCCAAGCGAGCAAACUAGCCACUCAGUUUUAAUACUAGGGACUAUGAGACUAUGCAAGAACAUCUCCAACACAUGUGGAAACUUUUGUGCAAAUACCACUAAUUUUGUUUUAUUUUGAAAUGUCGUAUUACUGUCUUUAAGUCUUGUCUUUUGGUGAACAUUGCAGCACAAAGAAGAAACCACAAGAUUGCACAGCGUUGUGGAAUGUUGGCUUUCAAACUGUAACGUCAUAAUGAGAUUUGAGAGGACGGUUGAACCAGACACAAGAGAUAGGAGCUCCACUUGUUCCACCUUCCUGUGAAUUUCCUGCCCCCUAAUCUGCAAUAUCACAUCCAUAGAUAAGAGGUGGAUGUAUUGAAAAGGUGUCUGUUCUUCUUUCCUUCCCCAGAUAGGAUGUCCAAUUUAAACGAGCCUAAAAUAAAUUGCAGUAUAUGUGGCUGUGAUUGACACGUUUGAAUGAUAAAAUGCACAUGGAUGCAUGUUGUGGUUUGUCAGACAUGUUUACAAGUUUUGUGUACAUCUUUAUGUGGUCAAAAUCAUGAUUAGCAUUGUAUCCAGUUGAACAAUUGUUGUAUUUAGUGCUACAAUAAAUAAACCAUAGUAUGUGUGGAAAACUACAGUAGUUCAGGAGGAAUUCAGAUUUUUUUUUUUUUUUUUACUGAGAUAAGAAAAAAAGUUUGAAAGAUGAAUUUGUAUUUAACUUCCAGCAUGGCUGGUUGUAUCUGGUAUGAGAGGACAGACCUGAAAAGACAAAACUUUGUUAGUGUCAAGUGUUUUUCUGACCUGAAAUGAUCAGUCGCUGACUAGAACUCUUGCAUAUGACAUGCACGUUCUUAUGUCAAUGUUUUCUUAGUAUGUUCCUUAAAUAAAAGCUUUUUAUGUUGUCA